UUUUUAAGUAAUUGGUUUUUAGUUUGGUUGGUUCCAGAUUUAUUGCAUGUUGAAUAGUCAGGCGGUUAAGGAGCUCUCAGACAUAAAAGAGAGAGUUAAGCAUAAUGUGCAUUUCGCCGAAGUGCAGAAGUACCACGACAAUGUACUGUGGGUCACAAUAAGUCGAACUCCCAGAGUGACUUUAGACUGUACCAUUCUGUUCACUGAAUACUACCCCCAAGACCCACUCAUAAUUCAACUGAAGAGUAAAACGCUGUCUGAUGAGCUGCUGAAAGGACUGGUCAAAUUAUUGGACGAGAACUGCAAAAAGUAUGUUGGUCAGUACCAGGUGGUGAUACAGAUGAAGUUUCUCUCCGACUAUUUAGUGGACAAUCUGUUCUGCUGUUGCUUUGACGAGUUUCAGAAAAUCAAACGAGAAGUCUGUUCAGAUUUCGUGGAGUUGAAACCGAAACAAAAGAAAGGCGUCGCGCAGUUUAAGAUAAAAUGCAGAGGGCAUCAAUCUUUGGUAAAAAUAACAGUGCCAGUUAACUAUCCAAAUGAAGCAGUUGCCAUUGAUCUGAAAGAAUUUGAAUCAACCUUACCCCAGUAUUUGACAAAUCCGAUUUUGAAGCAAGCAGUCGAAGAGGUGAGGAAAUGCGUGGAACCACCUUUGAAUUUGAAACUCCUGAAAGGCAAACCUUUUGAAAUUAAGCCCUCGUUUUAUCACGUAGUGAAGUUUCUAAUAGUGGACAGCUUGCUUUUGUUCAAACAAACAGAGUGCAAAUUAUGCGGUGAGCCGGCUUUUCCGGACAACCCAAAUGAAGUGCGAACAUAUGAGAGGGAUCCGAUGUAUGUGGAAAGAGUCUAUUGUGGACAUAUCUUUCACUUCGGCUGCUUGCACAAAUUAAUCAACACUCCUCCUUUCAACGAGAACAAGCAGUGUCCAGUUUGUAAAUUGACAAUAUACCACGAGAGGUGGAAAGAGACGCCCCAGGUGUUGGCAGACAGGUGGGCACACAAACAGGCCAAGCAGAGAGAGCUGGAGGAGGUGAUAGACUUCCUCCAGUAGACCACAUCAAGUUUCAUUCAUCAUCGCCAAUGAACUUAUUAGACUCCACUGCUUCUGGCUACAAUUUUCAGCUACUCUUAUUAGUUUCAGUGUCCUAUCAAAUGAAAUUUAAUGUAUAUCAAAA